CGGUUAUUUAAUUAUAUAACUACAUCGUUAAAUUUGGCGGGAAAGAAAUCACACGGCUUUAAUUAUUUAAUUACAUCGUAAAAAUUUGGCGGGAAAAAGAAACAAAGUUACCGACGACUCGGCAGGCCGCAAGUUCGGCGCGCGACACCAAUUUGUUGGCGCCCCCGCCCGCGACUCCCGAUUCGCGCGCUUGGCUACGUACGGUGCGAAAGAAGUUCAACGUACUACGCGGUCGCGAUGUCGGACGACAAUCUGAUGAUGUACGAGACGCAGCACUUUGGCUUCACGCCGCAGUCGUGCCUGGACGGCAUGUACAACGCGGUGCAGGAGUACAUCUACAGCAUGCUCAAGGCGGGAGAGGACUGCGUGCUGGAGUACGUGGCGCGCAGAUCGAGCCACUCCUCCUCCUUGGAGAAGGUCCGCCAAGGCACCCAGCUGCUCAUCGACCACAUGAAGUCGCAUCUGGACAUGACCUUCGAGCUGAUUGAGCUGUACAUCGCAGAGCGCGUCUUCACGGUGCCGCCCGGCGUGCUGCUGCCCGAAGACCGGCCUCACGCCGCGCCGCUCGCCAACGACGCCGACGAGGAGCGCCGGCUCAACGCCAAGCUCGCCGAGCUGCGCAGCCGGCACCGGCAGGAGAUGGCCAUCCAGGCUCUGCUGCAGGCCGAGCUGGAGGAGCAGCGCGCGGCGCUGGAGGCGCUGGAGGUCACCGAACGCCGUCUUGACGACCUGAAGCGGGUUUGGCGCGGGAGCGUGGGCACGGACGCGCCGCAGGCCUUCCGCUUCGCCCUUCAGCACGCGCAGCGGCUGCGCGAGCGGGCGGGCGCCCUGCACGUGCAGCGGUCGCCCGCGCAGGAGCCCGCGGUGAGCACGGAGGGGGCGGCGGCGCCGCCGCCACCAGCGGAGUGAUGCGUGGCGUCGCUCUCGCUGCCGUCGUUGCCAGGGAGGAAUUUCUCGCCGAAUGUAUCGCGGGCCGCUGGCAGGACCGGAGCGCGUCGUUGCGCGUGCGUGACAAGUAGUAGCCACAGCCGUAGCGGGGGGGGGGGGGGGGUGGUAUACUGGAUGUGGUGUGCCAGGUCGCAGGCCCUAGCUGAAAUUAAGCCACUCCCUCGAUUUCAUAUGCUCAUGGGAAGUUUCGGGCACGGAGGGAUUUAUUAUUGCGCUGCUGUUGCUGUCGUACGGCGGUGGAUUUUCACGACGGUAACUGUUCAGUGUAAACCCUGGCAGUGGAAGGCGCCACCAGAGUGCUGGUGUCAGCAGGCUAACGCAGUUUGGUGCUCCCUGUAACCCAGCGGUUUUCAGCGUGUUUUAGGAAGCAGCGCCUGAGUGGCGGCUUUUGAGAAUGGAUUGGCGCCACCACCAAAAAUCGUAUUCGUUGGCAUUGUGCCAGAUGCUUUGGAAGGUUUGCGUGUUCGAAAUGCAGGCGGUUACAAAAAAAUUCCGCCUCAGGCGAUCGAAAGGCCCCCCCCAACGGUCAGAUCCGCAAGUGGGCGAGGCCGCCGCGGCCUGAAGACCCGACCGGUCAGUGGCAUCGCUGGCCACGGACCAGGGGCACGCGACGAUUCGUCAAAUUAAAAUUGAUUCUUACACCCAACGUGAUGCGCGGAGAAUAAUUACGCCCGUAAUAAUCGUUGUUUAACAUUCGCGGAAAUGACAUUAACGUUACGUUUUAGGCUAACGGAGCGAACGAAGUAUAUGAAAGGUGUAUGUGACGACACUUUGCGCUGUUUAAAAAAAAAAAUUACAUUGUGUAUGAAUUCAAAAUAUCUUCCUUCCCACAAUAGUGCCACGUGAUGUUACUUUUUGUUCGGGUGGGGAGUAGCACGAAAGUGAUGUAAUUUUUUUCAGGUUAAUCCGGAGCAAAACAAAAUCCGGAUUUUUUGAAAUGUUGUGUAUAGGUUCGAUGUUUGGAUGGAGGGUUGGGGGGGGGGACAAUUGAGAGAGUUUCUGUAGUAUACGGUAUGAAAAUUAAAUGUGGGACUUGCAUUUAGUAGCUUGCAUUGGUGUCAAGGCAGUCAGGUUGGUGUGUGCAGUGGGGACCCCCAUUGCAAAGUGAUACGUAAUAUUUGGGCGGGGGGAGGGGGGGUACAGGGAGGGUGGUUGAAUGGCAUACCACAGUGUUCUGGAAAUUCCAGAUUCUGCCGUGAAUACUUUGUGAUUUGUAAUGUGUCGGUCGCUUAAUAAAUGAAUAAAAUGGUAUCGAGUCACCAGGUCCACUCGCCCACACACCGCACGUGUACGCGCGCACGAGAGUCCUUGUUAAAAAUAACACGUCAACAAAGUGACACAGAAAUUACAGGUAUUUACUACGUAUGGAGAAAAAUUUCAUAGCAACCACAAGAUGAUUGUCAGUCGUAAGCAAAAUAUUUAAUUUUUAAGACGUAAUCAUAAUAAACAAUGCUGCAGGGUUACCGCGGUGGGCAGUAGAUCGCAAUGCAGCAACACCCAUUGUACUGUACAUCUAUGCUUCCACGUCUUCACCAACCUGCCCUGACCAGUGUUAUGAGGUGUGGUCAAAUAGGCCCCACAUGCUGGAACAAGGGAGGUCCAUAUUCCAGCAGUGCAUUGAGAAAUUCAGCAAUGCUUCAAAUUUAACAAGGCUGAUGA